UUGAUUCCGUCAUCUCACUUGCGGAGAUCAUUGCAUUUACUUUAUCAUUUAUCGAAUCGUCACGCUGAAGAGCAGUCGAAUACUAUCAGAUUUCUCGAGGUACAGCAACAGUUGUCAUUCCGACGUCAAGGUGUACCAAAGAUGGGAAAACAGGGCCGUUUGUUUGCCAUUGCCACUUUGGUGAUUGCAAUCGUCUUUCUUCACUCAGGAAAGGCAUUGGAAUGUUACCAAUGCAACUCGUUAGACGAUGAAGGGUGUGAAAGCGGACCGUUGGAAGAUUAUAUAGUAGAUUGUUCGGCGACGACAACCACCGAGCCAACGACGACGACGACCGCCGAGCCAACGACGACAACCACUGAGCCAACGACGACGACGACCGCUCAGUCAUCGAGCACCGAAGGCCUAGCACUAGAUAACAAAAAUAACUUAAGUGAUAUUAAAGACGGAACAUUUGCAGAUGGAAACGUACACGAUAGACGGCGUAGAAGCAUUUUGAGAUCAUUUGCAGAAGACAAACCAGAAUGGGCUUGUGCCGUGAUGAAACAGAAUUUGAAAAACAAUACUGUCAUCGUGCGUCGGUGCGUUCUUAACACCGUGGAAAACUGUCCUAGUUCGGUGAUCAAUGGUACCGAAGUAAACAACUGUGUCGAAUUUCAAAAGUGCGAUACUGACAAAUGCAAUAGUGCUACUGCGGUAUCAAUUAAUACAACAAUCUUAGGAUUCCUUGUGCUGUCAUGGACUGCAUUUACUUUUAUAAAUUAAUUCUUAAACUUAUAAUAUUAUAAUAUAUGCUAUUUUAUUGAAAAAGAUAUCUAUAUUUUUAUAAGUAAUCUGGCAAGAAUUCAUGUUACAUUAAAUGUUGUUAAAUUCUUUUCGCGAGAAUUCAUGUUAUGUUAAAUAAAUUCUUAAAAAUAAAUUGAGUAACUCUUUAUUAUUUUCCACUUCUUUGAUAUUAAAAUAGAAUUUGUCCUUUUUCAUGUUUAACUCUCACAGUCAGAAAACGAAAGGCAAUGGUCAGAUCAAUCUUGACGUGUAUUAAUACUUUCUGAUUGAAUAACACAGUACAACAGAAAAAAAACUCAAGAAAGCGAGGUGUCCUCUUUUGUGGUCUUUUUGAUGCUGAAUACAAUACCGGUUUCAAAAAUGCUUCAUCACGUCACGAUUGCGAGAAAUUCAAAGUCAAAGAUGUAAAAAAGAGCUAUUCUGAUGUACUCGACCAUGUUAUAACUAUGAUAUGCGGCGUGUUAGAAAAGUUCUUUUUCUUAAAUAAAGUAUAUUAUUAGAA